AGUAAAUUAGUUCCAAAGUCGCCGUUACAAGUCACUACUUUCCUUAACGAAGAAUUGGCGAUACGUAUGAUAUUUCCUGUAAGAUUUUGUCAGUUUGACGAGGAUAAUGGCUGCGUUUCUGCAAACACGAGUUUUCUACGGUUUACAAACGGAUAUUAUUGGCAAUGCACAUUAUAUCACGGAUGCAGAGAUUCUAUAUCCAGUUGGUAAUGUGUUGGCAGUUCAUAAUUUUGCUCAGCGCGAUCAGAAAUUGAUUCGAUUGCCGGAGAAGUAUCGAAUAAACAUCAUUUGUGUCUCUCCUAAUAAAAAAUAUGUUGCUUUAUCCGAGACUGGCGAGAAACCUACUAUCUCCGUUUACGACAUUAUCUCUCUGAAACGCAAAAAGUUACUCGGCAUACCUUACGAAGCCACGGGAGUAACGAAAUUCUCAUGCAUGGCAUUCACUCACGACAAUAAAAAUCUAGCUGCCAUCACAGGAGAGCCCGAUCAAACGAUGCUCUUCUACAAUUGGGAGAAGGGUAAGGUGGAGUCUACAUAUAAGGUGGCCAAUCCGCAGAAUCCGUUGGCGAUCGCUGAGACGAUAGCUUGCAAUCCGGCCGAGUCGGCGGUGAUGGCCUUCGGCGGAUCAUAUACUUUCAGGUUUCUCACCAUCGCCGAGACGGUAUGGCGUUCGUACGGCUUCGCCAAGGCGGAGAACCUCCUCAUCUGCUCGAUGACAUGGUUGAACGCGGAUCGGCUACUGGUCGGCACCAAAAACGGCCGGAUACUUUAUCUGGAGAACGGCGACCUGAAGAACAUUUAUCAGAUAUCAGAGACGGUGUCGAUGAAUCUGAAAAUCCGCGAGGAGUACGUAAUGCCCGCGGAUCAGAGCUCGCAGAUGACCCUGGAGCCUCGCGACAACGCCUGGGAGCAGCAUGUACGCUGCUUGAUCGCAUUCCCGAGAGGGUUCGUUUACGCCCUUGGCGUGGGCACUAUAGUCCUGUUCGAGAAGGAGGGGAAGCAUAAGUACACGAAAAGAAACAUUUAUGUGAUGCCUAUGCAGGCGUGGUCGAAGGAAGAUACUCCGGAUCUAUACAGGAUCAACACGAUCAAUGUGAACGUCAGCUUUGAUCAUUUGAUCGUUACCGCAGGCUGGUCCCAGCUGUUCCACAUCGCACUGUGGGGCCCGGAUCUGAACAUGGACCCGGAGCCGCAGCAGCUGAGUAUCAUGGGCCAGCCCUUGCAUCACGGUUCCAUCAGUGAUCUCUCGGUGUGCGCUUGGAAGUCAGUCUUCAUGACUUGCGGCGAGUUCGAUCGCAGUGUCCGACUGUAUGACUUUGAGACCGAGAGUCUGAUCAUGCUGAAGCAGUACGCGGAGGAGGUAUGCGGCCUCGCGAUGCAUCCGAUGGGGCUGUUCUGCUUGAUCGGCUUCAGCGACAAACUGCGCUUCAUGACCAUACUGAUCGACGACUUGCUGCCGAUGCAUGAGUUCGCCAUCAGGAGCUGCAGGACCAUUCGCUUUAGCCACGGCGGCCACAUGUUCGCCGCGGUCAAUGGCAACAUCGUGCAGGUGUACACCACUAUCGGAUUCCACAACCUCUUCGUCCUGAAGGGCCACACGGGCAAGGUGAAGGCCCUGCUGUGGUCGCAGACGGACAUGAAGAUGUUGAGCAUGGGAACGGAGGGCGCGAUUUACGAAUGGGACAUGGCGACCGGCACACGCUCCGGGGAAGUUAUCUUGAAGGGCCUGAAUUUGCACGAUUUCGCGCUCUCUUCGGACGCGUCGUAUACUUACUGUGUAGCACACGACGACCGCAUACGCGAGAUCAAAGACAACACGGUAAUACGGGAUUUUAAAUUAGCUGGGAAAGAAAUGCGUCACAUGAUCAUGGGAAAAGAUGACCUUUCAUUGUUCGUAACUUGUCCUGGUGGGAUUAUGUUGUCGCUGAGAAGUCCGCUUCAAAGCCCGGUAGACUUGAUAGAAUUUCACCUACAUAGCGUCGACAUCACGAAGAUCGCACUCUCAUACAACGAGAAUUGCUUGAUAUCUGUCGCGAAGGACGGUAGUUUAUGUAUGUGGAAAUUGUCCUACGCGGAAGGAAAGAUCGUGAAGAUCGGCAGAGAUCUACCAUACACGAAUGAGGUGUUGAUUGGCAAAGAGGAUCUGGAGGACAAGAUAAGUACAAUUAGAGGGUUAACGGUGCGAAUAAGGGAAUUGGAAACCGAGCACGCAUACAAGUUGCGGCAAAUUGACGUGAUGCACAACGACAAGCUGCGCGAUAUUCAUCAAGGAUACUGCGAGGCUAUCAAGGAAUUGCGAGAGAAGAUCGACAAGCUUCAAGAGGAUCACAUGAAUGAGAUCAACAACAUGAACGUGGAGAUACUGAAGACGAAGACCGCUCACGAACAAGCGAUGCAACGAAUGGAGAAUAAUUACGAGGCCAAGUUGAUCACGGAAUACGACAGGUAUCAGGCGUUCGAAGAACACACCAACAACAUGCGUCAAGAUUACGAGCAGCAACUAGUCGAUCUUGGGAAACGCAGCGCAGAAGAGUUGCAGAACACUGUGAUAAAAUAUGAAACUUUGGUACACGACAAGAAGCUGCAACUGGAGGAAGCUACCGACGAAAUGACGCACAAGGAGCGCGUUCACGAGCGCUUGAUGACACAGAUAGAGGACGACGCCGAUCGCGAGAUUCUUGAGAUACGAACUAACUACGAGAACCUUCUAUACGAGGAGAAGCAGAUGAAUUUGAAGUUGAAAGGAGAAGCCGGCGUGAUGCGGAACAGAUUCAUGGCCAGCCAGAAGGACGUGGACGAUCUGAAGAGGCAAGUGAAUCGCGUGCAAGGCGAAUACGCACAGUUUCACAAGAAUAUACAGGACCUGGACAAGCAGAUAGCGGAAAUGAAGAAAGAGAUCGACGAGAGGGACGCUACGAUUCAAGACAAGGAGCAACAGAUAUACGACACGCUGCGGAUGAAUCAGGAACUAGAGAAGUACAAAUUCGUGCUGAAUCACAAGAUACAGGAGUUGAAGGAUCAGAUAGAACCGCGGGAGCAGGAGAUACAGCAGUUGAAGGAGAAGAUCCACGAUAUGGAGAGAGAACUGGAAAGUCAUCACGAGACCAACGCCAACUUGAAGUUGCAAUUGCGCGAAACGCAAGAGAAAUUGCAGACUGCGCGGCAGGAAGUCAACAGCGAGAUACACAGAGGCAGACGGUGUCAGAAGCUUGUGCGAAGAAUUCGCACCGACAUCUUCGACACCGCCGGACUCGUCCAAGAGCCGAGCGCUCUGAAAAGGGCCGUGACAAGUCUGUAUCACAAGUAUAGCGCGGCCGAUGAGUUUCUGCGUAGUCGUAAGGCGGACAUGGACGCGCAAUGCGAAUUCAUCAGACAACGGGAGUUGUUGGAAAGGACCAUCGCGUCCUUCCAGCGGCAAGUAUCCAAGGACACGUCUACGGGCAGUAAAGAUCUGAAGAGGAUGACGGAAGAGAACAGCACGCUCAUCGUGGAACUGAAUUCUCUGAGGCAGCAGCUGAAAGAAGCGCGGGAAUACAUCUCGCAGAUGGAGAGUCUGCUGGGUUUGACGCGGAAGGACGCGCGAUCCGUGGAAGCGAGAGAAACGAUGCAGCAGGCGUAUCACGGCUACGAAAAGGUGCGGGAGCAAUAUACAGCACAAAUGCAGGAAUAUCAGCAGAUUAUUCUGGCGCUGAAAGAGGAUAUAAAACGACUUUUGAGCAAAUUGUCUGCCGAAGAAGCAAAAGCAAGGAAGAGGUCGCUUUGAACAGAUUUAUAAUGUUUAGUCGUUUUUUCAAGGAUUAAGUAUUAAGAUAGCUUUAAUGAUAAAAUCUUAUUGCGACAUUAAUAUAUAAUGGAAAUAGUUUGAAGGUAUAUGCUUACUGUAUUAUUUUAUCAUACACAGAAUACAGAGAGACAGAUUUUACUUUAAAAAACCACACUGAAUAAAAUCUCACUUAUACCCUGUA